CGACUAACCUCAUACAACUACUCUCUAACUUCUUGCCGAGGAAAGUGUUGUCUAAUUCACUUCGAUUUCUUGCUGAAUUGAACUGAAAAUUUUGCCAUAACCCCAAAUGAUCGCGAGCAGCUCCACAAUAUGAGUCACUCGCAUCGCGUUGCGAAUGCAAGUUGGAUCCCAAUCUCAUUCCUGAUCUGACGCAACGCUUCAUGCGACUCAUGGAGAGAACGAGGAACCGUUCACAACAAGCCGCUACAGAUACUACACCAGCGACACCUAUCUUGAUGUCGGCAGCACAGGGAUCCGAUGCCGACUCAGGCCAACCAGGUCCAUUCUACCAGCAAGUCAUCGCCCUCUCCCUCACACCACAGCGCUACCAACGCCCCGGCCUCCAGGAAAAAGUCCUCGAGACCCUAGAUCUCGGCAAGAUCUACAUCUACGCCGAUGAGUUUACUACCGAAAAUCCCGAUCUUGGCCACCAGGACUGCGUAAUUAAAGGCCUGCUCAAGUUCUUUAAAACGGAAUUCUUCACCUGGGUCACCUCGCCCACCUGCUCGCAGUGUGGCAGCGAGACCACAAUGUCCGGCGUCGAAGCGCCCAACCCCGGGGAGCUGCGAAAGGGCGCAUCACGGACCGAAGUCCACCGAUGCAAGGAGCUGCCCCUGCACUUGGAACGCUUCCCGCGGUAUAACGACCCGGAGACGCUCCUCGAGACGCGGCGCGGCCGCUGUGGCGAGUGGGCGAAUUGCUUCUCGCUGUGUUGCCUGGCGCUGGGCUCGCGCACACGAUGGGUCUGGAACGCCGAGGACCACGUCUGGACCGAGGUGUACAGCGAGAGGCUAAAGCGGUGGGUGCACUGCGAUAGCUGCGAGCAGGCUUUUGAUCAACCGCAGAUAUACGCUGUGGGAUGGGGGAAGAAGAUGAGUUAUUGCUUGGCUUUUAGCAGCGAGGGGGCGAAGGAUGUUACGAGGAGAUACGUUAGGAAGGAAGAGCAGGCGCUUUCGAGAACGAGGGGAACGGAGGGAGAACUGCAGAGGGCGAUUGGCGAUGUUACCAAGCGAUGUCGUUCGACUGAAAAUGCUGAGAGGUUAAGGGCUGAGGAUGAGGCGGAAGAGGUGGAGCUGGCUGGGUUCAUGAGUGGACCUACGCCGACAGCACCCGAGGAGGAGAGACCAAGAGAAAGUGGCAAUGUGGAAUGGAAGGAGGCAAGAGGGGAGAUGGGUCGGAAGGAUGCAAGUGGGUGAAAUUGAGGUCUCUGAUGUCUCGUUCACCUGAUGUGAUUUUAUCCGAACAUCUCUCUGCUAUCAGCCACUUUUUCACUUUGUCUAAGUGUAACUGACAGGAAACGCCGAAGACAUACGUGCUGGUGGCUUGACCAUUACCUUCUUGGCUUUGAAUUGAUAGGUCACAUAGAAUAAAUGUCGGCUUUGAAAAGGAACAUUCUAGCCUAACAUACCAAUAUCCGACGUGGGAAUCAGGCAGUACUAGUCAAAUAUAUUCCUUGGCAAC